CCAUCUCAUAAAACUUUUAGGAUCAAAUGUGUUCUUGGAAAAAAACAGAAACAAAAUCGGCCGAUUCCUCAUUGGAUUCGACUUCGUACAGGAAACACAAUCAGAUAUAAUGCUAAACGUCGUCAUUGGCGUCGUACUAAGCUCAAUAUUUAA